AGCAGGGGGUGCAGAAUGCGCGUUUGUGUUCCCCUAAAAGUCAGGUUGACUCUCCAGCCCCAGUGGGAUGACACUGGGGGCUCUUUGGGGGUGACUAGUAGGGUGGAGCCCUACCGACGGCUGAGUGCCCUCAUAAGAAGAAACCCAAGAAAGCUCGUUUCCUCUCUUGCAUGCCUGCACCGGGGAAGGCCGUAGGAGCAGGUCCUCCCCAGAACCCAGCCACGUUGGUACCCUGGUCUCGGACUUCCUGGUGUCCAGAACUGUGAGAAGGCCCCCAGUGCUGUGAGGAGGGAGCUGGACAUAUGAGAAGCCUGUUGCCCCAGAGUCAGAAAGACCUGGCCCCAGAGCAGGACGUGCCUGGGCACUUACCUGUCCAGGUGUGCUACCUCAGAAGCACUCCAUGCCUGGUUGACAGCUCUGUGAUCAUUCCCGGCUGUAACUGGACAUGUCUCUUGAGUGGUCUGCAAGCUCUGUCCAAGGGGCUGGUAACCAGGUCAGGUUCAUGGCUGCAUCCCAGAGGCUGCCCACAGUGGGGCUGCGGACAUGUUUGCAGGAACCAUUGGCUGAGCACCUGCUCCGUGCCAGCCACUGUCACAGAUGCCGGGAAAACAGACAAAUGCUGCCCCCUCUCCUGCAAGCUGCAUCCUUGCGAGAGAGCAGACAGACGCCUAUUUUCCAGAUGGGCACAGCGAGGGAACCCGAGGUCUGCCUGGUUUGCUGCUGGGAAGGAACGAGCAUCCUGGCCCCAGGGUGGGGCCUUUGGGAAGGAAGGUGCCAAGACUGCUCUGCGGGCAGGGCGGGACCUGCGCCCAUCUGUGGGAACCAUCACCCGGAUCUGGAGAAGAAACCGAUACUGCCCUGGGCACCCACAGCCAAUUAGUCAAGGAGGAGGAGGCUGUUGCAAGGGCCCCGAUUUUGAAAUUUGACUGCGAUAACCACCUUGUUGAACUCAAUUCACCCACAGCCGGGGAUCCGCCUUCUGUGGAACCCAGAGCCUCCCUCCCUACAGGGGACCCUCUUGCCCUGGCGGGGUCCUGGCCCACUUCAUAGCCACCAAGGCCUCCCUCAUCUGUGGCAUGGGGGCGAGGCUCUGCUGGGAAAGUCAUGAGUUGAAUUGUACCUCCAUCCCCAAAUUCAUACACUGAUGUCCUAACCCCCAAGACCCCAGGAUGGAGCCUUUGCGGAGGAGAUGGUGUUGGUGAGCUCGCAUGUGUGAGCGUGAAACCAUGAUGACUGGCAUCCUCAGAAGAAGGGAAGUGUGGACGCAGAUAUGCAGGGAGAAUGCCGUGUGGACAUGGGGACAGCGGUCUGUCCACUAGCCAAGGAGAGGAGCAGGUGCUUCCUCAAGGCCCUCAGAAUGAGCCAGCGGGGCCGCUCCUUGAUCUUGGACUUCCGGCCUCCAGACGGUGGAACAGUAAACAGUGGGCGUUGUGGCCACCCAGUCUGUCAUGUUUGUUACAGCAGCAAACUCAUACAGGGAGGUGGUUCCCAUCAUUUAGAUCGCUGUACAGGAAGGGCCGCAGCGAAGUCUGGCAGGCGUCGGCCUCCAAAGAAGUGUGGGCGAUUACACUAAACAACAAAGCCACUGCCAAGACCCAGGGCUCAGCAGCUGGGGAAGCAGCCCGCACGGUUUGCCUCUGAGCCCUGGGGGGGACGGGCCAGGGAGCACAGUGCAGCCCAGUGGUCAAGAGCAGGGACAGUGGCCACUGGGAGGCACCAGGUAGGAUUGGAGCUCAGCACAAGACUUGGGCUCUAGAAACAUUUCUGAAAUUCACCAGCUCCGUUCAGGAAAGUGGCUGCCUCAGUGACCUCCAUACUUUUAUGCUUCCAACCAAACUUCUUUAAGCCCCGGGCAGCCGGGUGUAGCAGGGGUCAUGGGACUGGCUGGGGGAGGAGGUCAGAGGAGUGUUGAGGGAGAGGUGACACUCCAGGCAGAGGGGGGAGCAGGCAACAGGGAAGGGCAUUCCUGGCAAAGGGAAUGGCUUAUGCAAGGUCUCCAGGUGCAAGGGGAUGGGAGCAGCUGGGGCAGGAGAGAGGUAGGGCCGGCGUGAGAAGUGACACCUGGGUCAUGACAAAGAUCCAGUGGGCGUGAAGGACUUUCUCUGAGGGCAGCGGGAGCCAUGGACAAGCUCUGAGCAAGAGAGGGGCAGAUCUGAUUCAGAUUUGGAAAGCUCCCUCUGUCAGUGGUGUAGACAGUGUUCUUCAGUGGGAACCAAUGUCAGCCAUAAGUCACUUUAAAGUCUCUGGUAGUCUUGUGUUAUGAAAACGAAAGAGAGGGGCACCUGGGUGGCUCCGUGGGUUAAGCCUCUGCCUUCAGCUCAGGUCAUGAUCUCAGGGUCCUGGG